AUGUCUUUUGCUGCCGCCCCUCUCUUGCUUUCUCCGGCUCAGGUCAAUGAAAUCACUAAAUCGGGUGGACAACCUGUCUCGAUACUCGACUCAACCUGGUUCAUGCCAAACUCCCCAAGGAAUGCAAAACUAGAAUUCCUCGACAAAAGGAUACCGAAAUCUCAGUUUCUCGAUCUAGAUGAGGUUGCAAGUUCUUCAGAACUGGGUCUCAAGCACAUGAUGCCAGACAGACAAACCUUUGCACAUGCAUGUGGAAGAUUGGGGAUCUCUCCUUCCACUCACGUCAUCAUCUACGACGCUCAUGGAGUCUUUUCGGCCCCUCGCGCUUUGUUUAUGUUCAGAUCCUUUGGCCAUAAGAACUCCAGUAUCAUUGAUGGUGGCCUUCCUCGGUGGAUUGACGAAGGCAUGCCUGUCGAGACCUCUUCUCCUGCUGACCUUCAGCCUACUGAAUAUUCUCUCCCUGAAUUCGAUGAGAAAUCUAUCAGGAGUUAUGAUGAAAUAGUGUCGAAUUCGCAGUUCGACCCCGCAGCAGAAGCAAAAUCAGAAAUAGUCCUCGACGCUAGACCCAAAGGAAGGUUCAACGGAAGUGAUCCCGAACCCCGUGCGGGCCUCUCGUCGGGGCAUAUACCUCACUCUUUUUCACUGACAUUCAGUCUUUUCCUCGAUAAACACACAACAAAGGAUGGUAAAGAAUAUACCACAUUUUUACCUCCAUCUGAAAUUCGCAAAGCCUUGGAAAGCGCAGUAGGACCUGCGGAAGCCCACAAAAUCAUUCAAGGGGAACGAUCUGUUGUCACUAGCUGCGGAAGUGGUAUGACUGCGGGUGUCUUGUGGCUUGGAUUGCAACUUCUGGGAGUCAAAAAGGUUGGAUUAUACGACGAGUCAUGGACUGGCUACGCUAUGCGACCUUCAAGUGUGAUCCAAAAAUAG